GCAUCAGUGGACGCAAAGAGAACACGGCAAAAUUUUUUUUAAACACGUGUUAACGCUAAAGUUUAUAAAAUUAUAAGAAAUUUACUUGAAAAUAAAGUGUUUAUAUAUUAAGAAUAAAUAAAAUAUAGAGAAUGGUAGUAAUGGCGCCCGUUAAAAAAACCAAACACAAUUCAUCAUUUCAAAAGAAAGAAGAAAAACAAAUGGAAGUUGAAGAAAUGAACGAUGAUGAAAACGGUGCAGAGGGUGAAGAUGGAGAUGAUAAAGUGCCAGAUGAUAUACAAAUUAUAGCCCAAGAAGUACAAAUCGUCAAGUCGUUGGCGUGCAAUGACUUAACUCAAAGGAAUAGGCAAAUGAAAAAAUUACGCAAAUGGCUACAGUUAAGAACGAAAUCAUCUUUUCCAUUUACUCAAGAAGAUUUUAUGAGAAUUUGGAAGGGGCUCUAUUACAAUAUGUGGUACUCCGAUAAACCUUUGGUUCAAGAAGAACUUGCCGAGCAACUUGGCAGACUUUUGGAAUGCUUUGAGGGUAACCUACAAUAUAGCGUUGAUUUCUUUGGAGCAUUUUUGAAAACAAUGUGCAUAGAAUGGUUUGGUAUCGAUCAGUGGCGUAUUGAUAAAUUUUUGAUGUUGGCCAGGCGUAUGUUACGUUACAUGUUUAAGUUGUUGAAAAACUCUGAAUGGAGUUUAGAAGCAUUGGAAGUGUUCAAUAAACAUGCAACUGAAACAGUACUAUUUGAAAAUGUAUCCGCAAAAGGUUUAACUAUGCACUAUUUUGACAUAUUUUUCGAGGAAUUGGCUAAAGUAUCUGAAGGUAAAAUUUCAGCAGAACAGGUUGGCGUGUUUGUCAAACCAUUUGUUAAGUUUAUGGCCACACAAAGAGAUUUCAACUUAAUUUCUCACUGCCGUACUAGAGUAUUUUAUCAUUUACUUUACCAAAGUGGUUUGGGUAGAGAAUACAGUGAGAAAUAUAAUGCCUGGAAAGAAAUGGGUUUUCCCACAAAACAUAUCGAUGAUUUAGAGAAAGUAGAAGAAUCAGAACACGAAGACAAUGUUGAAGCAGAACCUGUUGAAAGCAAUGCUGGUAAUAAACAUUUAGAUCCACGUGCUGGUAAUGUGGACGUUUUUAUGCCUGAGUUACCUUUGGAUGCCGAACCAGUUAUUAAGGAAACUGAACACUUUCUUUAUAAGGAGGAAUGUGCCACAAAACGUAGGAAAAUAUUAAAAAAAUUAUUAGAUUUAUUUAAAACCUACCAAAGUGGUGAAUUUCCUUUGGGUAUCAAAACCAUGCCACGAUUUGAGGGCAAAUCGGAAAAGCCUCUAAUUAAGGAAAAAAUAAAACAAUUGGAUAAUUUGGAAAAUGAAUUAUAUGGUGUAGAUAGGAAACUAAAACAAAUGACCAAACGUAAAAGGAGAAAAUUUUUGAAAUCAUUAAACUUUGAUGAUAUUGACGAAAGUAAUUAUGAGCAAAGUUUGGAAAAAGCUUUGCCAAAAGACUAUCUUAAGGAGCGUAGAAAGAGGUCGCAAAAAUCCUUUAUGUCAGCUUGGAUAGAAGAGGAACUAGACGAAGAAGACUUAAAACCCAAAAAGGCUAAAAAGGAAUCCUUAAUUAACGAUGAAAAUGUGACAGGGCAAGGACAAAAAAUCCAUAAUAAAAAGAAUAAAUUGAAACCACAGAAUUCUGAAAUCGAAGACUCAAUUGAAUCUGUUAAAAAAUCAAAAAAAGUGGAAAAGUCUUUAAAAGUAACAAGUAACGAUGAUACACCUGUCGCAAUAAAUAAAAAAUCAAACAAGAAUAAAGCCGAGUUGGCAGAGCAGAACAACAACAAUGAUAUCGUAAACAAAGUCAACAAGCAGUCAAUGGUUUUAAAAAUAUCUGAUCCUCAAGAACAAUCCACUCCAAAAUCAAAACCAAAAGAAUCGAAAGUCUUAAAAAUAUCAGAUGCUGACGAACAGAUUACGCCUAAAUCAAAAAAUAAGCCCACAAACGAAUGGGACGAGCCCUUGGGCGAAGGUGAAGUAGAAUAUUUUUUGCCCUCCCGUAAAUUACAAGUAAAAAAAGCAAAUGUGGAUUUAGUGCUAAAUCCAUUGGCAAAACAACGUUUAGCAGACAACCAAUCUACGCCUGUUAACAGCAAGAAGACAUCUUUUUCGGCGACAAAUACUCCAAAAACUCCCGGCAGCAACAAACGUGUCAAGAUUGCAUUAAAACAUAACACAUCCCAAAAUCCUCUUGAAUAUAUACAACAAAUAAAAAGUUCACCGAAUAUACCCUACGAUGCUAAAAAGAAACCCGGCAAGGGAUUAUUAAAACCUAAUGCAAUGCCAAGUCCUAUUAAUCCAUUUUACAAAAAGAAAAUUGGUUUAAAAUUACUAAAUGAUACUAUUUGAUAUUGUUGUAAUAAAAUUUCUUCAUUUUAUAAAUUUAAGUAAACAAAAUGUUAAUUUUAAAAUAUAAGCUUUCUUUAAAAAUAAUAAUUUGAAAUAAAGAGUAGACUUUA